UGUAAUACAUUAGUGGGGACAAAACUUACCAUAAAGAAAAAAACAAAGCGAAGAGUCCAAAAGUAAUGUACUUGGGCGCCAAGCAGUACUUUAAUAAAGUUUCACAUUCCAUCACAUAACUGUUAUUGUUAUUAUACACUACUCGUAUAAUAUUUGUACAAGUAUAAGGUUCGCUGCCUUGCCGAUUCACCGGUGGUCACCUAUCUACUCUCCUCCAAGGAAUCGUGGGUUUUCACUUCUCAAUUUUAGUUUCAUUUUUUCGGAUAAGUAAAUGAGGAUUUUUUUUUUUUUAAUGUCUUCUUUGCGUUUUAGGAUUUAGAGUUCUCCAUCUCCAAAUCGCAAAGGUAAGUUUGGUUUUUUUUUUUUUUUUUUUUUUUUUUGAGGGGGUGGGCUUCAAUUUGUUACGGGGGACGUCGAAAAACUAAUAAGUAUAGUGGUAGUAGUUUCCAUAAAAUAAAUCAUGCAAAUAUAGUAUUUCAUGCACACACAUUUAAAUAUGUGAUUUUUACAUUACCUACGAUGUUGUAUAGAACAGACUAUUCUUAUUGAUUUUAUGCCAAUGCAGGUUCUAUAGGUAAUAUCGAAGAUGGCAAAUCAUAACAUUGUUCUGUUUCUGCUGAUUUUUCUUUUAUUUUCUCCAACAAGUCAGUCAUGGGGUUGGUUCUCAUCUUCUGAAAACCAAUCAGGAAAUAAGGAUAUUAUGUCCAAAGGUUUGGUUGCUGAGUUUUCUGUUGAUGCCCUUGAUAAUCCAAAAGCUGCUGAAUUGCUUGAAAAUGCCAAGAGAAAGUUGGGAGGGACAAAUCCUUGUUGGUUCAGAGCAUACCAAGAUUUAUUUUCGACUUGUUCUGAAAUAUUUGCUGCAGAAGAAAAGAGAAAAAGGUUUGCUUGGCAUCUGAGUGAUUGUUUUCAGAAGGAUACAGGGAGGACUCCCUUCCCAUCUUGUGCCAGAAAAUCUGCCAUGGUCGAUUGUUUAAGGAAGUUGAAUAAUGAUGAUCAUAAGACUUACCUUGAAUUUUACCUUCAGACAAAUUCCAUUUGCCAUCAGUUACAGUCGAAGGCUUUCAAGUCUCAGCUAGAAGGUUUAGUGAAUGACCUGAAAGAUUCAGCACUGGUUGCAGAAGACAAAUUGAAGAUCAUUGAAGAAAAAUCGGAUAAUCUUCUGCAUAGUUCGAAUGGAAUACAUGAAUCUAUAACAUCGAUUGAUGCACAAACUCAAGUUGUUGGGGAGACUUUGAAGAAGAUGUUUGGAUACUUGGGUGCUGUUUUGAAUCACUCGAAAGAGCUCAACGAGACAGCUAAGGGAAUUGCAAUGUCUCAGGUAGAGUUGCUAGAGGGACAGGGACGAAUGAAAGACAAAUUGGAGGAAGAUAUGUUGAAAAUUCAAGAAUCUUAUCAGAAUUUAGGUGAAGAAAUACGUGGUUUACAGAAGAAGACUGUUGAUGUCAAGCAGGAGGUGAACAAAGUUGGAGAAGCAAUGUCAUCAAAGAUGCAGAAUCUCCAAGGAAAAACUGAUGAUAUUACUAAAAUGGCCAAAAUUUCUGUAGACAAACAACAAGAGCUUCUUCAAGGUCAAUCGAUUGCUCUCGAGGGUCUUAAGUCUCUCACUACUUUUUUGUCUCAAGCACUUCAAGAGAGCAGGGUUUCUUUGGAACAACUAGUGGACUUCGCAAAUGGGCAACACCAAGAACUAUUGAAGCAACAGCAACAACUUCUGCUAGCUAAUGACCACUUGGCUAACAACUCAAAAUCCAUAUUAGCAGCUCAGGAAGCAUUUGAGUCGAAACAAGCAAGCAUGUUUGCUGCCAUUGAUAAACUCUUUGCCUUGCACAAUGCCAUGUUGCUCGAGUCAAGGGUUAUCAAAGCUUUUUUUGUGUACUCCAUCUUAGUCCUUGUUCUCUACAUGCUGACAAGCACAAAGCAAACUUAUGGUGUGAGAUGUAGACUUUAUAUAGGAUUGUGCAUUGCAUUCGCAAUAGAAUGUGUAAUACUGCGUUUUACAUCCAACGAGAUUGAACAACACAUAUACCUAAGGACUGCUGUGAAGCCACUUUUUGGAAUCUAUGCUGUCAUUCAACUUCUGUACACCAUCUUUACAUUUAGGGAUUAUGAAACGUUGAACUAUAAUAUGUUGGUCUCCCUCCUGGACAAGGUAAACGGGAUGAAGAAAGGAGAUGAUUUAUCAUGGGAUGACAAUAAUGACGAUGUGGAUAGUGAAGUUGACUGGAUAUUUUGGGUAGAGGCUGAGUUGCCUGAAGACAUAAGUGUUAUGGAAGACCCAGAUUAUAUGCUACCAAUUGCAGGUGAAGAAAUGGGAGAGAACUCUGUUGCUAUAAGCACAGAAAGAAGAUAUAAUCUUCGUUAUCGACGAUAAGCAUUUUUGACUAAGAUAUGGUUAUGGACACAUAACCUCAGCAUAUACAUAGAAAAUUUUGUUUUCAUAAUGUCAUUAUAUAGGUAGAUGAUGAAU